UCUUGGAUCGUAACGGCAUACGAAAUACCGGAGAGCUUCAAAGAGAAUUCUGCUAUAACGGAUAUAUCAUGAUAUUGACUAGCAUUUCUUGCACGACGCUGCUUUAUUGGACCGCGGCAAUUGUAUCGAGUAGUGCGAUAUUGUUCCUGGUCGGUCUUCGUCUGUACGUUUCCUACACUUUGGGCAUUUGCAAGAGCAAAAAUCGAAUGGAUAGUAAAACGAUAAUAAUCACCGGAUGUACCUCCGGUAUUGGUAAGGAGACAGCGAGGGAUCUUGCCAAGAGAGGCGCGAGGAUCAUUAUGGCAUGCAGAAACACGGAUACUGCUAAUCAAUUGAAAGACGAGAUUGUGAAAGAAUCAAACAAUAGCAAUAUUGUAGUCCGCAAAUUGGAUGUGUCAUCGUUGCAAUCGAUCAGAAAGUUUGCCCAGCAGAUAAAUCAAGAAGAAAGCAGAUUAGACGUGUUGAUUCAUAAUGCCGGAACUGCGGAAGCUUUCAAGAAAAAAGUCACAGAAGACGGAUUAGAACAGACUAUGGCUACCAAUUACUUUGGACCAUUUUUGUUGACGCAUCUUCUAAUCGAUUUAUUGAAACGAUCGAAACCAAGUCGUAUCAUAGUGGUUGCGUCGGAGCUCUAUCGAAUAGCGUGUUUAAAUCUUGACAAUAUCAAUCCAAUAUCGACCUUACCGGCGUAUUUGUAUUACGUGUCGAAGUAUGCGGAUAUAGUCUUCACAUUGGAGUUGGCACAACGUUUGGAGGGCUCGGGAGUAACGGCAAACUGUUUGCAUCCCGGGAUGAUAAACAGUGGAAUCUGGCGAAAUGUACCCGCUCCGUUAUCUUGGGGUUUGAACCUUAUAGUUAAGGCUUUCUUCAAAACAUCCGAGCAAGGCGCACAGACGACUAUUCAUCUCGCAGUUUCUGAUGAACUUAAAGGAGUUUCGGGAAAAUACUUCAUGGAUUGUGCCGAAUAUAGAUUAUCAAACGCUGUGAAGGAUCCUGCUAAAGGCAAAAAGUUGUGGGAAUUAAGCGAGCCUCUGGUGAAGUUACAAUCGUCAGACCCGAAGAUUUGAGUGCGUGUAUUUUUUGUAAAUUUUU